GGCAGCGCUUUCUACCCAGUUGUGAAAACAUGGACGUCUACAUCUGCCCUGCUACUGAUGAUUAUGAAAUAUUGGUGGAAAUCGGAGAGGGCGCUUAUGGCAAAGUGUACAAAGGCAGAGAGACAAGGGGCAAGCAACGCCUCGUUGCACUGAAGAAGCUGAAUAUACCAAACGCCCCAGAGACCGGUAUCCCUGCAUUCAUGAUCCGGGAGGUGGCGCUGUUGCGAAAAACUGAGUGCUUCAACCACCCAAAUAUCGUGAAGUUGCUAAAUGUAGCCGCCAUACUCCGGAAUCGAACUUUGGACUUAACAUUGGUUUUCGAGUACAUUGAUCAAGACUUGACAACAUUCCUUGCGUCAGCCCCAGAGAGCGGGCUGUGUGUGGAAAAAAUUAAAGAUGUGAUGCGGCAGCUGUUGAGUGGGCUGGAUUUUCUCCACACCAAUAUGCUGGUGCAUCGCGACCUGAAGCCAGACAAUGUCCUGGUCAGCAGUCGCGGGGAGGUGAAGAUCGCCGAUUUUGGACUGGCCCGAAUCUACAGCCAUCAGAUUGCUCUCACACCCUGUGUGGUGACGUUGUGGUACAGGGCCCCAGAGGUGCUCCUGCACUCAGUCUACAUGCCCUCUGUGGACAUGUGGAGCGCUGGCUGCAUCUUUGCCGAGCUCUUCCUCCUCAGGCCCCUGUUCCGCGAGUUCUCAGAGGCGCGGCUGCUGCAGAAGAUCUUUGAAGUCAUCGGUCUGCCCAGGGAGGAGGACUGGCCAGCGGCGAGCCCCGUGCCUUACUCCUCAACCUGGGGAAUGGGCGCGGGAUCACCCCACUUGCUCCCCAGCCUGAGCCAGCAGGAGAACGACCUGCUUAGCCAGUGUCUGGUGUUCAACCCCGCUAAGAGGAUCUCAGCUUCCAGGGCCUUGGCCCACUCUUUCCUGAUUGGACCCUGA